AAUCUUCGAACUCGAAGACAAGCCUUAUUAUUAUUUUUAUUAUUAUUAUGACUGAAAUACAAUAAUAUGAUAUAUAGACAUAAUAGAAGGAAAUACUCGGAUAUCUUGUGAUCAUUUCAGAUCAACACAGGCAUAAUCUAGACUCUAGACAUACUUUGACACCACUGAUACUACUGAUAGACAUUAGGAGGCGCUGUGUCUGAGCGGUCUACAACUUACCAUUUUAACUCAGAAAUUAGUAAAUCUUCUUGAAGUAUACAUUUACUAGAGGAUUCCACUUUAGACACAGCAUUUGGGACUAUUUAUUUCAGGUUUUAUCUCAAUGGAAAUAACAAAGCAUAAUUUUAAUGAUGAACUGGAAAACAUCAUGUCUGCUAUUGAGAAUUGUGAUUACUUAGCUAUAGAUGGAGAGUUCACUGGUCUCGACUCUGGAGAUGGUGGACAUGCUGCACAAUUUGACACACCAGCUGAGCGUUACAACAAGUUAAGAUAUGGUGCAACAGAUUUUCUUCUGAUUCAGUUUGGGAUGUGUACAUUUACUGCUGUAGAACGUGAACACAAGUACAUAGCACGUCCAUAUAACUUUUAUAUUUUCCCAAGACCAUUCAAUAAGUUUGCUCCAGACAGAAGGUUUCUGUGUCAGAGUUCCAGUAUAGACUUUCUAAUUGCUCAAGGUUUCGAUUUCAACAAACUCUUUAAAGAAGGAAUCUCUUACCUCACCCCUGAACAAGAAACCAAGCUUAAAGCAGAAUUAGACAGGAAGCAUGAUGAAAUCAAGAAGUUGUCAUCCCCUGACUCAAACAAUUGUAACGGUUCCAGUGUCCAGAUUGUCCCAGUACCAGAAGAUCAAAAGUCCUUUUUGAAUAAUAUAUGUGAAAGAAUAACCAACUAUCUAGAAGGAGAGGAUGCACAGCCAUUAAUCAUCCCCCCUUGCAAUGCAUUUCAAAGGAAGCUCAUUUACCAGACUGUCAUUGAAAAAUUCCCACAUGUACACCUGGAAACCAAAACUGGUGAGAAAAGAGAGAGAUAUAUGUCAGUGUCCAAAACAAAAAACGCAGAUGACAGGUUGAAAAAAGAACAAGAAAAACAAGCUUUGGAAAAGAUGGAACUGGACCUAGAAGUUGGAUUCUCCAAAGUGAUCAGAGCUAUUACUAAAUCUGGAAAAUUAGUUGUAGGGCACAAUAUGUUCUUGGAUGUGGUCCACAUUAUCAAUCAGUUCCACUCUUCUCUUCCUGAAGAAUUGGAAGGCUUUAAAUUGCUUGUGAAAACAGUACUACCAAGAUUGGUUGACACUAAACUGAUGGCCAGCACACCACCCAUUCAGGAACACAUUAAAUACUCUUCACUUGAUGAACUGAGGCAAACAUUGAGAGGGAGCCCAUUCACACCUGCAGAGGUGGUCACAGCUGAUGGUUUCAAUCUCUAUGAUGAUGGCGGUGGAUCCUCUCAUGAAGCAGGCUAUGACGCUUUUGUUACAGGAACUUGUUUUGCAACAAUGCUCAACUUUUUAGGUAGAGCUAGGAACUCUUCCAACCAUUUUACUUUACCAUGCUCCAGUCUUGUAGAGCCUUUUAUUAAUAAGUUAUUUUUAAUGCGUAUUGCUGAUAUUCCUUAUCUGAAUCUGAAUGGUCCUGACUUAGAGGGCAGCAGAGACCAUGUCUUUCAUGUCACAUUCCCUAAAGAAUGGAAGCAAUCAGAUCUGCAUUCUUUAUUUCAACCAUAUGGUAACGUACAGAUUUCAUGGUUGACAGAUACAACUUGUUAUGUGGCAUUGUUUAAAAAGGAGGUUGCAAAAAUAGCGCUUAAGUCUCUGUCUCAGACCUCGGGGCCAUGUCAUGUUGUGUCCUACGCUUUUCAUCACUGCAACAAAAAUUUAAGAUGGAGUGCAGCAACACCCAUGCCCUCCCCUACGGUUUCAAUAGUCAAGAGGAAGUUGGUGACUACCACUACUGACAGUGACGCCCCGCCCCAUAAAGUAAAGCGACACUCGUUUCCUACAGAAUGUCCUCCCAUUCCUGAGGAAGAUGAAAUCACUGACCAUGUCUCAAGUAGUCUGAAUGAAGGCAGUAAGAGCACUAGUGGUGAUGGAAAGAAGACAGAAGUAGGGAAAGAUAAAAUGUUUGAGGAGUCCGAAGUGUGGUGAUUUGUUGGCUCAUAAGUGUGGUCAUUUGCUGAGUGUGGAGGCAGCUCCUAAACAUUGAUGUUUUAGAAAUAUUAUCGUCUUUUUUUAGUAUAAUUUCAGUCAUGUCAUUAUGAAUGAAUACAAUUAUUUUAUUGAUUUUAAUUGUUCUCACAAUGUAUAUUGAAAAUGGUUUGGGUGCAUGAAGAGAGGAAAUGCAAAUUUAAAAAUAGAAAUACAGAAGGCCUUGGAUGGUUUUUUAUUUCAAUGCCUCAGGCAUCACGUUUGGCUAGGCAUUCUUUAUUGUACAAAAUGUAUAUGUAUGUAAAAAGACAUACUUGUAUGCUGUGCCAUGGUCAAGAAGGAAAAGUAGUGACAGCUAAGAUUAUUUUAAAUCAUGUCAGAGAACAAAACAAAAAAAAAAAAAAAAAAAAAAGGUAAAUUUGCAAACAGUUUCAAAAACUGAAGCUAUGCCCUAGUGGUACAAUGUCAUAGGGUUUAAGUCUGCAGUUGGUUGUCCCCCUUUGUUAAUUGUUAAACCUUUAUGUUGUGCUUCCCCUUUAUCUUGUGACUAACUGCAAUGAGCCAUUAGUCUCGACUGUUUAUAAAAUGUAUUUGUCAAUAUCACUGGCACACUGAUUGUUUAUCUAUAGCUUAUGCAAUGAAUAACAUUCUUAUAAAUGUCAGGCUUGCGCUGUUAUUUCACACACAAUAAAUCUAUUGAUAUUUUGUCAGAAAGUACAA